AGGUCGCUCUAAAGCCAGCACAUCACGCUGCACCAUCCAAGAAAGAAACGGAUAUGUUGGUGUACACAAAUAAUAAAUGCCCUGAGUGUCAGACUCAGUUUGGCAGCAAAGAGGAGGUUUCUGACCAUUUCCAAGAGGUCAAACCGGCUAAAAGCACUUCUUGCACAGAGUGCUCUCCUCCCAUGCUCCUGCCCAACAGCUGCAGCGCCGCAGCCCAUCAGCGAAUCCACCAAGGCUCCUCGCCGCACGUCUGCCCAGAGUGCGGCGGCACCGCCAAGCAGCAGCUGCUUCAAAAGCACCUGCAGGAGAGCUGCUUGCACUUUUCCCGCCGCAUCGGCUACAGAUGUUCCAGUUGCCUGGUGGUGUUUGGGGGGCUGAACUCUGUGAAGUCUCACAUCCAGCAGGCUCAUUGCGACAUGUUCCAUAAAUGCCCCAGCUGCCCCAUGGCCUUCAAAUCUGCCCCCAGCAUCCAGAACCACAUCUCAGCUCAGCAUUCAGACCUCACGGACGCAAAGGCCAUGCUGAUUUAUAAAUGCGUCAUGUGUGACACAGUUUUCACUCACAAGCCGCUGCUGUACACCCACUUCGACACUCACUUGGCCAAUCAGAAGGUGCAUGUGUUCAAAUGCCCUGAAUGCACCAAGCUGUUUUCUCAGAGGAAUUCCCUGCUGGAUCAUUUCAAGACCCACAAGGCUCCCACGUUGAAGGAAGAGCUGCCUUCACCUCCAGCGGCCGUCUCGCAUUUAGCUGGAAAACCCGAGAGCUCAGAGGAGGAAUGGAUGGGGAAGGAGAAAGUGAAGCCCGAAAGGAUGAAAGCGCCUACAGUGUGGAAAUGUCGCUCGUGCAACACCCAGUUCACAGAGCGGGAGGAAUACAUUUCUCAUAUGGGCGAGCAGCACGGCAAGUUUCUGAAGAAGUUUCCCUGCAACAAAUGUGAGAGCUCCUUCACCACCACGUCCAGCAUGAGGCGCCACAUCAGAGACAAACACAAAGUCAUGAACCGCAGCUUCCGCUGCCAAUAUUGUUCUGAGAGUAAGAAAGCGUUCAGCAGCAGGUCGAUGUUGGAGCGGCACAUCCAGAUGAGACACAGCAUGACCAGCCCGGGACAGGACUCGCUCUUGGGGGCCGACGAAGCCGAAAGCUCUUCGGAGCACGACAGCGGCUUGGCGACCCGCAGGAGACGUCGAGUGAAGACGGAGCACGACGCAGAGGCGACGGACAGAGCGAGUUCAGCGAAGAAGGUGCGAUCGACCGCUGCGCCGUACGUCCAGCCCGAGUCCGGGUUCAGCUGCGCUCCCUGCGGCUUCACCACGGAGGACAAGCCGAGGUUCCUGGAGCACAUCAGCCAGCACAGGCGAGGCGGGACGGAGGGCGGCGGCCUGCAGUGUCUGCAGUGUGGCGCCUGCUUCACAUCCCCGUCCUCCCUGUCCCGCCAUCGCUUCAUCAUCCACAAGGUCAAAGAUGCUUUCAGCGACAGCCAGCAGAGCCCCGUCGUGUCUCCGUCGCCCUCUGCUGGAAACGCCAAGAACCACGACGACAGGAGCUCCCUGAACGGCUCCGAGCCUGCUUCGCCCUCCGGUCAGCCUCUGGCGGGUCAGGGGAAGGAUGACGACGGAGCGCUGGCCUGCAAGGUGUGCGGUAGACACUUUGAAAAAGCGACAGAUCUCAACACACACUUCAGAACUCACGGGAUGGCUUUUAUUAUCGCAAGAAACGCAGGGAAGACCACCUAGAAUGAGUAACGGAAAGCAAAUGGUUCAUUUUAAGAAAAUCUGUAAGUGCCUUUUUUGAAUCUGUCAUUCAUAUCCGGGCCCCUGCAUCUAUGCACUAAUUCAACCAAAGAUUGUUCAUUUGAAGCUUGUAAAACAGUUUAAUGUUUCUGACUGUUCGAGAAAAGCCUUAACCCUCUGAUUCUCAGGAUCUGCUGCUUACUUUCCGUUUCAUCAGGAUACUGAUCUGAUUUUUAACCUCCCGUUUCCCUGCUUUGACUCAUUCACAUUAAUCACGUGCCUGUAGAAAACUGUGACUGUUGUAUUAACUCAAUCCUGCUGUGAUCAUGAAAGCAAUUUCACUUGACAUUUAAUAUUACUGAUGAAAUUUUUGUUUCGAGUCAUUUUUAAGGUGACUGAGGCGAUUCAUCAAGAAGCGCGCUCUAAAAUCUUGUGCUAAGAAUCACCGAAGUGGUUUGAAUUGUGUUCAGUUUCUGAAAAUCAUUUUCCAAAACUUGUUCUGAGUUUAGUAACUUAACUGUAGAUGAUUUGUUUACAUUUUUGUGACGUAUUAAAACUGAGUUUCUAUACAUUUUCCAUUGCAAAAUUCCAGACUCAAAGGUAUAGGUUUUCAGACUUUUUUUUUUUGUCCCAUUCUGGACAUUUUACAUGUUAAAUAUUUAACUUUUCUGAACUUAGCUUCUUUUUGGUACAUCACUUUUUUUUCAGUAUUUUAUUCACCUCGGUUUCAAAAUGUCAGCUCUUGUCUGAAUUAUUGUACACUAAAUUUAUUCUUUGAAGCAGUCUGUAAUCUUUUGUCUGUAAACAUAUUUUUUAAAAGCAUGUCAGAGCUUAAAAGCAGGUCCAGUUUCAAACCCCAAUCUCUAAAGGUCCAGGGGUCAAAACAGCAGUGACUGCAUUUAAUGAUUAUUUUGUUUUGAAUAAUCAACAGGAUAAGAAUACAAGCUGAAGAAAAAAAAAUCACCUUUGAAAAAAAUCCUCAAUGUUUUAGACAUGUAGAGUUAAUUUUUUUUUAAUAUGGGAUGAAGAAAAUUUCCAUUCUCAAUUUAGAUUUCUCCAGAAUUAUAAAAUUAGCAAAUGAAACUAUUUUUUUUAGAUCAAACUGGAGCCUUUUUA